AACAACUACGCAGCCACAAUAUCACCAACAUCUAGUUAGCUGACGAUGAUCGGAAACAAUCGAGUCGUUAGUUUCCUCGUGAGGAUCAAGAGGAGUGACUCAAACCCACCUGUCAGCCCUGGCCACCAUAUUAUUCCACCAGAAGACCUAAAGGCUUUAGAAGAACUUGGCGAAGGGCAAUAUGGUGUUGUGGAACUGGGAGAGUGGAAACCGCCAAAUGCAAAAGAUAAGAUACUUGUGGCAAUCAAAUCCAUCAAGGAUACUGGCAAAGAGCAGCUGAGAGAGGUUCUAAUGGAAGUAAAUACCAUGCAACGACUCUCUCAUGAUAACAUUGUUAAAUUGUUUGGUGUUACUCUUCCCUCAAGAGAUUCGGAUCAACUAAAGCUGAUAACAGAAUUUGCUGCUUAUGGUUCUCUGGAAGAAAACCUCAAGAAGAAAGAAAUAGAGAUAUGCCAGGUGUCCUCAUUGUGUAAAUUUGCCAUGCAAGUAGCAAACGGAAUGAGCUACCUGGCCAACCAGAAUUUAGUCCACCGUGAUUUGUCUGCAAGAAAUAUUCUUGUUUUUGAACCAGCUUUGGUGAAGAUAAGUGACUUUGGAUUAGCUCGCUCACUAGAAGGAGGAGCUUCUGCACAGAUCACAGUUGACAGAAAAAUGGCAGUUGCUUGGUUACCACCAGAGUCCAUAAAGGAGAAUCGGUUUAUACUUUCAAGUGAUGUGUGGAGUUAUGGGAUCACUCUGUGGGAAAUGUUUUCCUUUGGUCAAACCCCUUGGGCUGAAAUGUCACUUCUACAGAUCAAGAUGAUGCUUGUAAAUGAGCCAGACAAACAACUUCUAAAACCCGAUGCAUGUCCAGAUGGUUUUUAUGACGUCAUGUUAAGCUGUUGGAAGCGUGAUGCUGAAGAAAGACCGAGUUUUGAAGAAAUUUACAACAUCAUAUCGAAAUUCCAGCCUAAGGAGGCAAUAACAAAAAUCGCGCACCACACUAAGGAGGAGGGCCAUCUCAGUUUCAAGAAUAAAGUGAAAGUGACUAUCAUCAGAAGAGGAAAGAGAGGUAUGUGGUAUGUUCAAAGUGAAUGCGGUAAAACAGGGCUGGUGCAUGAGAGGAACUUGGACUUCAACAAAAAAGCCCUGCAAAAACAUGCAAGUAACAAAUCAACGAGUAACAUCGGGCGACCAUUUAACAUUUCAAGAAAAAGCUCCCAAAAGGGGUUGAGCCAUUCGCAAAAAGGUGCCGCCGCCACUCCUGGGAAAAUGAUCACUGAGGUUGUAGAGGACAGAGGCGUUCAAAAUUUGAUGGACUUUGGAGAUGAUACAGCAGACGACCCCACAAAUCCGCUUAGUCCAGAUCGUUACACAGGUCACCCAGGCAUAGACCACGGGAAUAUACCACAGGCUACUCCUGCUGCGCAACACCCUGUGUACAUUCCCAUGGUUGACAGGAAGUGUGCCCCAGAAUUUGUUCCUGAGGAUAGAUAUUCAAAGGAAAGCGUUUUGAGUUUGGAGGAAGACUACAUGAGUAUGGACCAUCAGAAUCGUGUUCCUCGAGGCAGUGAUGCCGGUGACUAUGCCGCGCUAAAGGAGGACGCUGUUCCAUGUACAACAUAUAAGGACAGAAGUGGUUCGACAGACGAACCUUCACUCGAGCAUUCAUCAAGUUCGAAUCAAAAUACUGGUACACACACGCUCCAAAUUCCUCUUCGUCUAAACCUUCAGACAAUUAAUUCCUUGGGAACCGGUAGAAGCUGCCCACCUGAAGGAAUAUUAUCCUCGAGCCCUUUUGGAACAUCACCGAGAAGGAGACCUGUCCCAACCCCGAGAACAAAGAAACCUCGACCAGCUUCCGAUGGUGAUGAAAAUUUCUUAGAUAUUAAAGACAAUUUGCCCAGAAUUUCGAAUUCAGAGAGUAUUUCUACCUCAGCCAGACCGAAUGGGACCCAGAAGUCCGUUUAUAAAAAAGUACCUCCGCCAAUGCCUAUUCCAUAUCAUUGCGCAAAACGCGCGCCAAAAACGACUGAAGAUCGUAGCAAUGAAGUGGGUCUCGACGAAAUUGCUGAGCUGAGCCUGGAAGGAAGGCCAGAUGAGAGAGAUGAUGACGAGAACGAGUUCCAGUUAGAAAUGCAAGACCAGCCGUCGGAAGCAGACUUAAAGUCUGAGCAACCAGUGAAGAACAAACACUACAUCAUAGUCAAAACUCCUGUUCCCAUUGGGGAUUCUUUAACAUUACCAAAUUCACACGGUCAAGAAUUGUCGAGCAGGUCCCAAGCUGCUCUUGGUGCAGCCCAUAAUGGCUAUCCAAUACAAGACCGCGUCUAUGAGAACGCCAAAACGUUAAAUCCAUCACCAGGUAGCCAGAGAGAUCUUUCACCCAAUGGAGAGGAUGAGUUUGAAGAUACUCAACCAAUUUACGACAUACCACUCAAUUUACCAAUGCCACCAGAAAUUCCUCCGGAAGUCUUAAACCAGCCCCCACCCUCCCGCGACAACCUCUUUGGUGGAUCCUUGAGUAACCAACUUUCCGUCCUAGCUAGCUGGGAGAAUGCGUCGGGUAUGAAUGAUUGGCCCCUCGGCGUUGAACACGUGAAUGCAGUGAACCAACUUCCAAAUUCGGCCGCCCAAUUUGUUGAACCACACGAACCAUUCAAUCCUGUUGGACCUGCCAACCCAAAUGAACUUGUUGAUCCGUUUACCCAACCUGGUGAUCAAGUUCAAACUUCCGAGGAAGGGACAUACGGAGAGGAGAUAGAUGGAGGGAUCCGCGAGAUUCGCCGAAUCUGUGGGGAAGAGUUGGCUCGAGACUGGUGCUAUGCAGCUCUGUUACAGUAUCAAGGUGAUGUGGAACAGGUUGUUCGAAUUGUCAAAAUACAAAAACUGUCAAAAAUCACCGGCAAAUCUGAGGUGUUUUGUGAAAGAACUUUGACACACUGUUCUUGGGAUUUAAAUCGAGCAGCUGAAUACAUUUUUCAAAAUUUUGAGGACGAAGAAGUAUAAACCCU